AUGGCCAAUAUCACCGCCGCCGGAGAUGGGAUCACCGGGGGCUAUACGGGCCAGUCACUGGGCAUGCAAAUCACCAUCGCGACACUGGCUGGCAUCACGUGGUACAACGCCUUUGAGCUCGUCGUUCUGAUCUUCGUCACUUUCGCUUUGUACCGCGGUCUCUACUUCUGGAGUUUGCUCGUCUCGUCCAUCGGCCUGGUCCCCUACUCACUCGGGUUUUUGAUGAAGUUCUUCAAUCUCACUACCGCCACCUGGCUGCCCGUCACCUUUUUGACGAUCGGCUGGUGGACCAUGGUCACCGGCCAGUCCAUCGUCCUAUACUCCCGCCUUCACUUGGUCCUCGCCAAUCAGCGCGUGCUGCGGCGCGUACUGAUCAUGAUCCUGGUCAAUGCGGUCGCGCUACACAUCCCAACCACCGUAUUGACGUACGGCACCAACCUCGCUCCCGCAGGUGGGCCCCGCAAUGCCUAUAUCAGAGGGUACAACGUGAUGGAAAAGAUCCAGAUGACUGGGUUCUGUCUCCAGGAAUUCAUCAUUUCCGGUCUCUAUAUCUGGGAGACGGUGCGCAUGAUUCGUCUAGACCCAGAUCGCACAAAGCGCAAGAUCCAGUAUCAAUUAAUCAUCAUCAACAUGGUCAUCAUUAUCCUGGACCUCGGGCUGCUGGUCGCCGAGUAUCGCAACUACUACAUCAUGGAGACCAUGCUCAAAGGGGCCGUGUAUAGCAUCAAACUCAAGCUCGAAUUUGCGGUCUUGGGUAAACUCAUCCACUUGGUUCACAAUCACGUCUGGAAGCCUGAAUCUUUUUCCGCCCCUGGAGAACUCCCCGAUUUUGUCGACGCAACCCGAGUGACAUCUGACCUCACUCAUGCAGCGCCCACUAGCUCUCACCGGGGCCCGAACUGGAUGGAUGCGGAUGAUAUUUCUAUCGCCAUGUUUGAACACUCUCCACAAGCUGACCCCAAUGCGACCUCCGACUGGAGUAGUGAGACUCGGAUUCACUACACCGAACACCACACCAUUGAUUUUACCAACCACCCGUGCCAGUACCAGCGGAAACCCGCCAAACUAAGCGAGAAACCCGGAUGA